UUCAGUUUCAGUUGAAAGCCGCGGCCAAGUCAAGGAGACAAGGUGGAGGCGACCAAGCAGCAUACACGAGGAAUCGCCGAUCCGACCAUGGACGCCAACCGGCGGCCCGACCCUGCCGCCGGCGUUGAGCCGCCCUCCACUGCCACCGGAGGCGAUUGGCACCAGCCCGAGGCACGCAGCAGGAUCGUCAAUAAGAUAACGGAAGCUCUAAAGAAGCGUCUCCCAGUAUCUGCGCCGGAGGAGCUGAACCAACUUCGAGAGAUCGCUGUGCGAUACGAAAAGAGGAUCUAUACUCAAGCAACCAAUCAGGCUGAUUAUUUGCGGAAGAUUUCUCUGAAAAUUCUCUUUAUGGAGAUGAAGACACAACAGGCUCCAAGAAAUGCUAAAGUCAUUCCUGAACGAAACAAAUCCAGUAAGGAAUCACCGAUCCGCACAAUUGAUGGACCCACCGGUUCGGAACCCGCCGCUGGCGGCGGCAUUAACCUACCCCCCACCGGAGGCGAUUGGCGUGCCCAGCUUCAGCCCGAGGCUCGCAGCAGGAUCGUCGAUAAGAUGUAUGUGUGGGCUCUAAUUGGUUUGAUUUGA